AUGCUAGAUGAGCUCGUCCCCAGUGGCCGGAUCUCCAUCAUGAAAGACGAAAACCCCGUCUUCACCCACGGCUACGUGCACGGCCAUGUCCACCACCACAAAAAUCAUAUGCAUAUCCAUGGACACAUCCAUAACCAUGACCAUGUACCCCACGACGCUGCAAAACCGGAGCCGGAAUUGGAAGGAGCGGCCGCAACCGCGGAAUCGUGCAAACAGUUCCAGAACGAGUUCGAUUUGUGUGGAGACAUCUUCUGCGAGGAGUUGGACGACUGCUACUUUGACGAGUGCGAUGACCCGGCAGUCAACGACAAGAUCGGCGAGGCGUCGGGGCUGGUUCUCGACAACUGCUUUUCUGGAUUCCACUCGUCGCCGACAGCAUCGGGCGUGUAUGCUGGGAGAAUGCCUGAGACAGAGACAGAGACAGAGACAAAAACCACACAGCCGUUUGCGAUGACGCAGGAGGUGGGGCCGCUGCAGAACAGGUUUUCGGGCAGUCUCUGCGAGUCGCAGAGACCGCGGCUCAACAUCUUCGAGAACUUGAUCAACAACGUGCAGCAGAACGUCGAGCAGUUCACCGCCCAGCCGGCAGACAGACCGGCGUACCCGGAGCCGUUGGUCAAGACGGAGGAGCCAGACCUGGCGCUCCACCUCCACUUCCCGCACCACUGCCACCUGGACAGCGCGGAAAACCGGCUCAAGAGUGAGUUCCAUACCCUCCACCAGUCGUGCUUCCAUGCUAAGAUCCCCGUGACGGGGGCCCAGAUCACUAACGAAGACGUCAAGUUUCCGCCCGAGAAGAACGAGCAGUUGGACUUUGAUUUCUUUGCGCAGUUCAACAACUUCAACAGAAUGAUCGGCGCCAGUGGCGGCCUGGACCAGAUUCUCCCGUACGCGCUGCCCAUGAACUCCUACAACUGUCAAUGGGAUAGUUGCACUCACUCCGUCGAUAAUUCCUCGCUUGUAGACCACGUUGUUGGCGCUCACAUGAAAUCGGAAGAGAGAGUGCUGCCGUACAACAACCAACACUCGAACUUCGAGUGUGAGUGGGACCAUUGUAAGUUCAUAGAUGCCGACUGGAACGUCUUUUUGGAGCAUCUCAGAUCGCAUAGGGUAGAGCCUGAUGGAUCUACGAAUGCUUCCGUCGACACCCACUAUGGCUCCGCCAGGACGGAGCAUGUUUCUCCGAUCCUCACUCCAAGAUCAAUUGAGGCAGUAUCUCAUUCUCCACAUAGCGCACAAGACGCUACGAAAGAUCCUUACGCCUUGAAUAUCACGAAAAUUCAUAUCUGCCCAAAGCCAAAGCCGAACACCCAAAUUGCCGACGAUAACUUCACCUGCAAAUGGCACAUCGGAAAAGACGGUGAUGGAAACCCCAUCAUCUGCAACAAGACUCACAAAGACGGCGGUGCUCUACAGAAGCAUCUACAAGAUGACCAUAUAGGGCUGAAGAAGUCACAAUACGAGUGUUGCUGGGACGGCUGCGAGCGUCACAACGGAAAGAUCUUUGUACAAAGACAAAAGCUACAUCGCCAUAUCCAUAUUCAUACCGGGCACAAACCUUGCAAAUGUGACAUUUGCAGCCAGCUGUUUGCUGUUCCCGCCAUGCUCAAACAACACAUGCGUGUGCACUCAGGAGAAAAACCUUACAAAUGCGAGGAAUGCGGGAAAAGCUUCGCGACCAAGUCUUCUCUCACCAUCCACACACGGCUUCAUUUGGGGAUCAAGCCGCUCAAAUGUCCCUGGCCCAAUUGUGACCGAUACUUCCGAGAGAACUCCAACUUGACGAAGCAUUUGAAAAGGCAUCACAACUUCACUUGCCCAGUCUGCCUGCAAGUGUUUGACAACCGCGCAGAGUUUACCAAACAUAAAAGGACUCAUGGUCAGGUCGCUGAAAAUGACCAUAGCUAUACAGUUGUGAACGUCACCCAGUAG